AUGGAGGGCUUUGGUGACGCACCCGCCGACGGAGGCAGCAACCCAUUUGACACGGGCUUCGAUGACACCCCCGCCCCCAGCGGCCUGGAUGCCUUCGGCGGCCCCGCGCCCCCCGCCGCUGCGCCCCUAGACAACGGCUUCGCCGCUUUCGGUGCCGCCCCCGAGGCGCAGCCCGCCACCGCGUUCGCGCCCGCGCCCGCGGCCGCCUCCGGCGGCGGCGCGCCGCCUCUGGAUGACGACUUUUUCGGCGGCGGCGGCAGCGGCGGCGGCGCGCCACCCCCGAGCAACAGCAACGGCGGCGCGGCGCAGGCCGCGUUUGAAUCUCCGAGGUUUGACGACCCGAGGAUCGAGUGGAACCACAAGAACCAGUCGCUGCUCGCGCAGAGGGCGCAGGCGGAGGUGAAGGCCAAGGCGGAGGUGGUCAACAAGGCAAAGGCCUUCCUUGACAAGCAGGCCAAGGUGCACUGA